AUGCCGUCGUCUAUUUGGACGCGAAAGCGUGAUCUUGUCUACCUGAUCUACUUCAUCGUGGCUCUUCCUAUUGUGUUUAUUAUGGAUUGCCAAGCCAUAUAUCCACCACAAUCUACGCCAGCUGUCUUGACCUCUCUCAAAGAGUUUUACAUUAGAAACUAUAAUGACCAGUUCUACGUUAAGACACCUCAAUUCUUCAAGACAUUUCUGUGGUUUGAACUACUAUACCAAGCACCUGCUAUGGCAUGGGGUAUCCAGGGACUGUACAAAGAUUCUCCAAAGGUUCCGCUGGUAUUAUUACCAUUCUCUGUCAAAGUAUUCCUAACCACAUUGACAUGCAUGCUGGAAUUUCCUGGGUGGAAUAUCCCAAACCAGCAGAAAAUUACUCUCUGUACGCUCUACGGACCAUACCUUCUUUUGUCUGCUUUUAUGAUGGGCGAUAUGUAUCUGCGUUUGAACACCAUAAUCAACAAGCUGAUGGCGUCACAAAAUGAGGGCACGAAGAAGUCGCAGUGA